UAUCUCUUAGCAAACCCUCCUAGCUCCCUCGUCGCUCCCUGUUUCUCAGUUUCUCUUACUCAUACUUUCAAACUGUUCGGAGCUAUCCAAGAGUAACUCAGCGAAGAUGUUGGUUUACCAGGACCUCCUCACUGGCGAUGAGCUUCUCUCGGACUCCUUCCCAUACAAGGAAAUUGAGAAUGGAAUGUUGUGGGAAGUUGAUGGAAAGUGGGUCGUUAAAGGAGCAGUUGAUGUAGACAUUGGCGCAAACCCUUCAGCUGAAGGUGGAGAAGAUGAGGGUGUUGAUGACCAAGCUGUUAAGGUUGUUGAUAUUGUUGACACGUUUAGACUUCAGGAGCAACCUGCUUUUGACAAGAAGCAAUUCCUUGUCUUCAUGAAGAGGUACAUCAAGUUGUUGACACCAAAACUCGAGGGAGAGAAGCAAGAGCUGUUUAAAAAACAUAUCGAGGGAGCAACCAAAUUCCUGCUCUCCAAGCUCAGUGACCUUCAGUUCUUUGUUGGGGAGAGCAUGCAUGAUGAUGGUAGCUUGGUCUUCGCCUACUACAAGGAUGGUGCUACUGACCCAACGUUUCUUUACUUUGCUUAUGCCUUGAAGGAGGUGAAGUGCUAAGCGUCAUGCUAUCUAUAAAGCUGGAAGUUCUAGCUGUAGUUCUAGCCUUUAUCUUUUUUGUCCCCUUUCUGGUUUUGGUUUCACAUUCUGCAUUAAGUGAUUUGAGACUAUGGGCUUUGCUGUUGUGGUGUUACUAUGAUUGAGCUAUCUACAGUUAUAUAUGCUAGGGAGUUUUUGAUUAUUGAUAGGCGUCCGUCAAAUGAUUAAUAAUAUUAUCUUGGCUUCUUCUUGUU